UUGUGCUUCCUAGUAAACCAAUAGCACGUAACGUGAGAGCAAUAGUGAUAGUGCACGAAGUAAUAUUGUUUCAUAUGAUUAGUGCUCAUGACACAAAUGGACUCCGAGUAUUUCAAAGUAUGUCAGUGAGGAAGAAUGUAUUUAACCUCAGUGUUAGUAAUACUAUGCGUCCUAGUUGCUUCGAGCCGCGCUCUCGAGGGCAACGCUACAAGCAGUGCUUGUGACAUUGUGGAGGAAGAAACGAUAGUAACGAUCAACUGCACGCGACGCACUAUCGACCGCAUCACAGACGCCUGGCCGGAGGAAGUAUCCAAAAUACCCAAAGAUGUCCACGUGUUUAUCACGUUCUACAACAACAGUAUUACCAACAUAACCAAGCUGCCGAAAGUCCCUGGCUCGCAUCAGGUGGCUGUCAAUUUCAAGAACAACCAGGUCGUCGAUAUUGUGCCGGGAGCAUUCAGCGAUCUCACCUUCCUUACUUUCGUGGAUUUGACUAACAAUCUCUUGACGGGCGAAGUAUUGAGGAGUGAGAUCUUCCAGGGGCCGUACGAUGGCGCCGGCGAGUACGGGAACAUUGCGCUGGAGUCGCUCUACCUCAGCCACAAUGAAAUCCACUCGCUGGACCGAUAUUUGUUCCAGUACACACCCAACCUGACCGUCUUGUGGCUCAACUACAACCCCAUUGAGAUACUUGACCAGGUCACGCUAAUGGCUAUAUCGAGUGCCGUCAAUUUAAAGUUUCUAGACUUAUCGUACACUGGCAUCGAUUCUAUACCGUACGAAGCAUUCAAAGGUCUAACUAAUCUGAAUCAGAUCGAUUUGUCUGGCAACAAAUUCGUGACUGUUCCCGAAAGCUUGAGACUCGUCGGGAAUAGUCUAGAGGUCUUGACGUUCAACAACAAUCCCAUAGUGGAACUUAACGACGACAGUUUUAACGAUUUAACGCACCUGAUACAAUUGGAAGUUGGCGAUAACGACUAUCUAGAGGAAGUGAAACGCAGCACGUUUUCGCCGCUCAAGAGUUUGAGGACUUUGCACUUGUGCCAUAACCGGAGGCUGCGGUAUAUCAGCCACAACGCCUUCCGAGGACUGAAGGACCAGUGGACUCUCACGGAGGUGCAUCUGGAUGACAACAAUCUGAGUGAGCUAUCAUCAGACCUGAUGCCGUGGAGCAAGUUGGUUCUGCUAGGGAUGAGUGGUAACAACUGGCUGUGCAACUGUGACCUUGCCAACAUUGUCACUAAGCAGGGAGCUGGACAAAAGUUCAAGGAAGAUGAAAUACCUUACUGUGCGGCCCCAAUCAAGCUGAGUGGACAAUACAUCACAAACAUUACUUUGACUUUCUGCCCCACGUUUGAUGACACAUUUAACAGGAAGAAAGGCUUCUCCAUGUCUGAUUUGAAACCUAAACAUGUUUUGUGGAGUAUCUUUGGUGUGGCCACCGUGGUGGGCUUGGGCAUGGUGAUAGGAUUAUUGGUUAACGGUAUAAAAGCAUACAUCAAGAGGAUGAGAUCCCAACCCAUUCAUUAUAUUAACCUCAAUGAGGAUUCUAGCUUUGCAUAAGGAGUUUUCAUUGUUUUGUUUUACUCCAAGAAACUGUUUACUAUUAGGAAUAUAGGCAAAUGUAAAUAACAUAUCAGUAUUUUUGUUUUGAUUGAAAAAAUAAACAUUAUAAAGUAUU